AGCCCAGUUGGGAGGGCCCAUCCUUGGCCUUGCGCCACCCCGUCCGGCUCGGCCGGUCCAGUUGGCGUGCCAUGCUGGAGCCACCCAGCGCCGGCGCCGCAGAGGGCAGAGACAGCGUGGUGGACGUGGACCUGCCGCGGCCCUCCCGCGCCGAGCGGCUGAAGACAGUCUUCGCGCCGCCGCCGCUCAGAAAGUGACGGAAAGGCGGAAGCAAUCCGGCGGGAAGCUGGGAGUGGAUGUGAGCUGAGGGCGAUGGUUUUUUUCUGUGGCUCUGGUGCGGGGGACGGGCGGGCGACCAAGGACCGAGGAUUCCUCGGAGAAGAAGAGACCAAAUGGUGCGCUGAAGGAACUAUUCUCUGACUUCUUGGAGUGGGUGGUGCAUCCCUACGAUGUGGAUGUAGAGGAAGGCGACAGCGAUGAGGAGACGCCUCAGAAGCAAGCAGAAGAAGAGAAGGAGGUGGUGAAGAAGACCAUGCGCGAGAAGUUGCAGGCCGUCGUGGCGUCCAACGGCUUCGAGGCCGCCAGCUGUCUGCUCAUCGUGGUGAACAUGGGCUUCAUUGGCACUCAGGCCAACUGCGGGCAGGGCUCGAGCUGCUCCGCCACGCUCUUGUCCCUCAUCAGCACCUUUGAUGAGCUCUUCACGGCCCUGUUCCUUGUGGAGUGGUGUUUGCGAGUGGCCGCCUUCGGGCGGAGCUACUUCCAAGCCAUGGCGAACUGGAUGGACACCUUCGUGGUGUGGAUCGUGGGGGUCUUCCUCUUGUGGGUCGCGCCGAUCAUCUUCGGCAGGGAGGGCCUUGCGGCCUUUCAGGCCGUGCGGGCCAUCCGAGCCAUGCGAUCCCUGAGAUCCUUCCGGGUGCUGCGGCGCUUCCAGAGCUUCCGCAUGCUGCUCACCGGGGUGCUGGGCACCAUCUUCACGCUGGGGGCCUGCGUCCUCAUGCUAACGAUUACAGACCUGACCUUCGGCAUCCUCGCAGUGGAUGUGAUAGGGCGCGACUCGGAGUGGGGCCUGGCGCCUGCUGGCACAGCGGCCUGGUACUUCCAGAAUGGCGUCAUCCAGGCCAGCCUCACUAUGUCCCGCUUCAUCUUCAGCGACAAUGCCGUGGACAUGAUCGAGGAGCUGCAGGAGAAGCAGCCGCAGAUUUGGAUCUUUUGCUUCCUUUUCAUGGCCAUCGCCGCCUAUGUGAUCCUGAACCUCGUGACCGCCGUGAUUUGCGACAAGGCCCAGGCGAUCGUGAACGAGAACGAGGCAGAGAAGCUCUUCGAGCUGCGCAUGCAGGAGAAGAGGAACAUGAAAGACCUCAAGCGAGUCUUCGAGGUGUUGGACGAGGACGGCAGCGGCCAGGUGACCACCGAGGAGUUCGAUGCCGCCUUCGAGAUCCGCGAGUGCCGGGACAAGUUCUUCCUGCUUGGCUUUGAGGAGGAGGAGAUGAAGCAGCUCUUCCGGGUCCUGGACGACGACGGCCAAGGGGAGCUCAGCGUGGAGGAGUUUCUGAAGGGAAUGGCGCAAGUACAAGGAGACUGUGACUCGAGGUCAAUGCUCGUCGCCACGAAAUCGCUGGAGAAGGUUUGUCUAGGCUUCGACAAGGCCUUCAGCCGCCGGGGUGGCAAGCUGUCGGUCUUGGAUGCGGACCUGACCCCGCAGAGUGACAGCGAGCUGCUGACGGACAUCGAAAACAUCGCAGUUAAGCGCUUGGACAAGAUUGACGAGUUCAUCAAGAACAUGUCUUACAAAGCUGAUCUAUUUGAAAAGCAGCUGGCGACCAUUGAGAGCCUCCGCGCCGCUGGCAAAGCCACGGAAGAGGAGGCACAGGAUGAAGAGGAAGAGGGGGAGUGAAGGUCGAUACUUGCAAUAAAUCGGAGGUCGAGGACAUGCACUGCCACCCUCAUUUACUUUCCACAUGCCUGGAUGCCGAUCUUAGAUGUGUAGGAUUCUGGCUAGCGGCUGGCAGAAGAUCCUAUGUGCAGGAAGCGCCCGCGCGCGUUGAGCGCAACAUCCCUGGUUUUUUCACCGGGAUUUUAUGCGGUUUCCGUGCUUGGGCUUUCGCCAGGGAGCUUAUUUAAGGCCAGCAUGGCGCACUGUCAUGUGGCUUGAGUCAGCAGAGGCAA